AUGUCUUUCAGCUUCGGUGCCCCAGGUGGAACUGGUGGCAACCUUUUCGGACAAUCAACCACACCAGCGUCAUCGGGCGCGCCCACGACGGGCCUUUUUGGCCAGCCUACGGCAGGCGCCACGGAUAACAAACAGACCUCAGGUGGCCUCUUUGGGGGUGGAGGUGCUGCAGCUACGACAAAGCCAGGUGGGUUUUCUUUUGGCGCUACGCCAGCUUCGACAGGACCGUCGAAUAUGUUCGGGGGAGGCGCUGCGAAGCCAGCCGCAUCCGCGCCUUUGUUUGGGUCUGCAGCCACAACCACUGCUCCUGCUGGCCGCUUAUUCGGGGCAACUACUUCUGGCGCCACUGCAGGUGCGACCCCGGCAGCGGCUCCAGCUGGUGGACUCUUCGGUGGUGGCUUCCAGGCCAAUAAGCAGCCCUCCUCCUUUGGCAACUUCUCCUUCGGCCAGAGUGCAACUCAGAACCCACCCAGCUCUACACCGACCACCAGCUCAUUCCCUACCCCGAGCAAGCCAGAGACGCCUGCAGCACCAGCCAACCUCUUUGGCGCCGCAAGCAAAUCCGCAGGUGCACCAGCUGCUGCUCCAACUCUUGGCUCAACUACACCAGCUCCAAACAAACCAGCUGGCAGCAUGUCCAGCUUCCCUUCAUCUACAACCCCAGCUGGUACACCAGCAGGUGGCAACGCAGCGGCGCCAUCUCUGUUCGGUGGUUUGAAUAAACCCGCUGCUCCUGCUGGUGGUGGUCUUUUUGGUGGCCCCAAGCCAGCUGCGGCUGCGGCUCCACCUGCGAGCGCGGCACCAGCUCCUGGAGGACUCUUUGGCGCGGCGAAGCCUGCUGCACCAGCAACCGGGGGACUCUUCGGGGGCGCCAUGGCCGCGAAGCCCCCAGCUGCUCCGGCUACCACCGCUGCGGCACCCACGGGAACCACCCCAGCCUCCUCUGCCCCCGCAGCUGCAGCUGCAACUACCGCGACCCCUUCGCUUUUUGGCGGAGGUGCAGCUGCGCCUCCUAAGGCUGGUGGCCUUUUUGGUGGUGCUGCUGCUACCACCGCUGCUGCUGCCCCUGCAUCUACCACUGCACCAGCACCUGCUGCCCCAGCAGCCAGCUCUCUGUUUGGUGCCACCGCAGCGACAUCAGCGGCCGCGCCGCCCACUGCAGCAGUUGGUGCCGCGCCUGCUACUGGUCUCUUUGGUGCUAAGCCUGCUGCCAUCUCAGGAGCUACCCCUUCUACGGCCGCACCAGCGACGGUGCCCGCAGCUGCUGCAGCUACAGCUCCAGUGGCAAUCAACCCAAAUGUCUCAACCGCUGGGCCUGCGCCGCAGAUGUCCCGUCUGAAGAACAGGACUAUGGACGAGAUCAUCAACAGGUGGGCGAGCGACCUUUCCAAGUACCAGAAGGACUUCCAGGAGCAGGCAACAAAGGUUGCAUCCUGGGAUAGACUCUUGGUUGAGAACGGUGAUAAGAUCCAGAAGCUCUAUGUCAGCACGUUCGAGGCGGAGAGGGCUACAUCCGAGGUAGAGAAGCAGCUUACUGCGGUGGAGAACAUGCAGGGGGAGCUGGAGGGCUGGCUGGAUCGCUACGAGAAGGACGUUGAUGAGCUCUUCAACAGGAAUCUGGGAUCGAGCGAUAACCUGCAGGGUCCGGAUCAGGAGCGUGAGCGCAUGUACAAGCUGGCUGAGAAGCUGGCGGGACGUCUGGAUGAUAUGGGCAAGGAUCUCACGAGCAUGAUCCAGGAAAUCAACACGGCGUCAUCGAGCUUGAGCAAGGCUGGGAAGCCGGAUGAUCCGCUACAACAGAUCGUCAAGGUCCUCAACGGACAUCUGUCUCAACUCCAAUGGAUUGAUCAGAACGCCGCUGCAUUGCAAGCCAAGGUCGCAGCCGCUCAAAAAGAGGGUCGCAGCCUCGGCGCCAGCAUCCACGGCGACAACGAGUCCGAGGCAUCCCACGAGAUGCUCCGUUCGUAUUUGGGCAGGAGGUAA